AUGGUGAUAAUAAAUUCAGUACUGAAACUCUUGCAGAGACAGACCUACACCUGUCUGUCCCACCGCUAUGGACUGUACCUCUGCUUUGGUGGGAUAGUCCUCAUGAUCGUCUCUGCCUUCCAGUUUGGAGAAGUAAGUAGCUUAGCUAGCUAACAAGCUAACCCUUGCCAAAAGCAAUGAUGCAGCAGUUAACUUAUUUCUCUCUCUCUCACUCGCUGUGUGUGUGUGUGUGUGUGUGUGUGUGUGUGUGUGUGUGUGUGUGUGUGUGUGUGUGUGUGUGUGUGUGUGUUUAUCAAACUCUGUACUCUGUAAGUUAAGUAAGGCACGGCCUGUUCUGGCUGGUUAUGUUGAAGUAUACAGUACAUUCAGUGGCAAAUAAUAUCAUCCCCCUCUCUGUGUGUAGGUGGUGGUGGAGUGGAGUAGGGAUCAGUACCAUGUACUGUUUGACUCAUAUAGAGACAAUGUAGCUGGGAAAUCAUUCCAGACUCGGUGAGAAACCCUCCCUGCCCAAGUGCUAUCCACUACAGGGAUAACCAGUGUUUCACUGUCUCAAUUCAGUAUUCCAUAUGGUGCCUUUGUCUGUCUACUGAUUGAAAUUGAUUUGCAUCUUCUCAAUGGCGUUGUUGUGUCGCUGUAGGCUGUGCCUGCCCAUGCCCAUAGAUGUGGUGUACACCUGGGUGAAUGGCACGGACACAGACCUGAUGAAGCAGCUACGUGGUGUGAGAGAGCAACUGGAGGAGGAGCAGAGGACACUGAGGUACUGCGCAUGGUCACAUGGUCACUGGGACUUCAGUUACAUGUCACACACAUUAGGCUACACAAAUAUUAUUGCAUGAAUGCAAGCUGAGCAUUUGUUUUGGUAAGUGCCUGACAGAGAGAAGGUUAGUGUGGUCUGCAGAAUUUUCUGAGCGAUGGUCAUUAGCACAUAAAGGAAACGGUUACUUAUUCACAUUAGAUGAUUACUGUGAUUGAAUCAUUCCCAUUUAUCCUGUUGUGUAGACUAGGGUUACACCAAAUAAGUAGUUAGCUAAUAUUGCCAGUGGGAGAUUCUGUUAGCUCAAAGGUCAAUUUUCAAUCACAAUACUAGAACAUGCCCCAACAACACAUUCCAUGCAUUAAUGGAUCAGUGCAUUGACUUUCUGGACUGUUUCUCACCAUAGGGAACGGCUGGGGAAGAAUGCAAGUGAUCUGACUGAAUUGCCAAAGGACAGGUGAGUCUGAUAAGAUAGAAACACCUGUACAUUUACUGUAGUUUCCACACUGACUCUUUACAUAUAUAGCUCAAUAUGGAUGUUUCCAAACACUGUAAGUGCAGGGAGUUGAUGAUGCACCAUCUUAUUGAGACACACUACGGUCGUAGACCAAGGGUUUUGACAUCACUGCUGGUAUUUCCUGUUUCUCUCUCAACUGUCUUAUUGAGUGUUUGUGAGAAAGGACCUCAGUGUUGUUCACCAAUCUACAACAACUGUUUACUUUUGACCACAGACAUUAAGGCGUGAGAUGCAACGACCGCACAAAGGAAGCCUUGUGCAAGUGGUGCAAACUGCAGCAAGACAGAGCAGGGUUUUGCACUAGCGAUAGUGGUUUGGUGGAAGUAGUGAUGUUGGAUUGGAGUUGUAUUAUCAUGCUGCUGCAACAAAUGUAGACACCAUCUAGAUGUUUUGUGACCUUUUUAGCUUUCUCUUUCUCCUUCUAUUUCUGUGUUUCUGUUUGCAGUGUGAAGCCAGAAUGUCUGCUGUCCCAUUGUAUCUUAGCGCCCAUGCUAGCCCUGGACCCAGCUCUGCCAGCCAACGUCACUCUGAAGGAGCUGCCGUCGCUCUCUCCCUCCUUCUCCACCGCCAAGCAGCUGCUGCAAGUGGCCAAGCCCCUCCACCCCUCCACCACAGUGUCUGUGGUGAUCUUUCACUCCCAGGCUGAUGGUAAAGAGUCAUUGACACUAACACUCCUAACUGGCACUUUACACACAUGCUAUUUCAGUUCACAAUUCUGCCACCACUCAGUACGAGACCACCAAUCAUGUCAUCACAGUAAAAUCUCUCUCUGUCUCUCUGUGUCUCUCUCUCUGUGUCUCUCUCUCUCUCUGUGUCUCUCUCUCUCUCUCUCUGUGUCUCUCUCUCUCUCUCUCUGUGUCUCUCUCUCUAUCUCUCUGUGUCUCUCUCUCUCUCUCUCUCUGUUGUCUCUCUCUCUCUCUCUCUGUGUCUCUCUCUCUCUCUCUCUGUGUCUCUCUCUCUCUCUGUGUCUCUCUCUCUCUCUGUGUCUCUCUCUGUGUCUCUCUCUCUGUGUCUCUGUCUCUGUGUCUGUCUCUCUCUCUGUCUCUCGCUCUCUCUGUCUCUCGCUCUGUCUCUCGCUCUCUCUGUCUCUCGCUCUCUCGGUCUCUCGGUCUCUCUGUGUCUCUGUCUCUCUGUCUGUCUCUGUCUCUCUCUUCUCCCCCCUCCUAUAGCGGAUAAGGCCUACACGGAUGCGCCCCGUGAGGCUCUGAAGCGCUCUGUUUCUAGAUGUUACCUGGUGAGUUACCUGACUCUAUAGUCUGCUAAUAGCAUUUCUAUUGCACCUGACGCAAUCAACACUUCUAAGACAUUUCUAAUUCUAGCACAAUUAUAUGAUUGAGCAUUCCUCCCAAUUUGAUACACUGGUCCUUACGUAAGGAUGAAUAGCAAUGGACACACAACUAUCAUUGUCAUGUGGUAACAAUAAGAUAUUGUGCUGUUGUUCCUCCUGUAGACCACAGAUAAGGAAGCACCAGGUCUGGUCCGCAUGCAGAGCCUGGCCUACCUCAGUGGCUUCCCAGCAUCCUUCAAGGAGACCGAGCAGCUCAGAGUCAAACUGCCAUCUGUUGUCACUGGCAAGAUCAAACAGGUAAGACUAACCUGGAUGGAAAAAGGAAAACAAAUGGAAUAAUCUGCAGGAAAACACAAUACCAAAUCAAAAACUGUAUUUCUUUUAGACAGGGAGCUGUGUCUCUGUUAUUUCAAUAGAGGGCAGUGUUUCACAUAAAAAGAAGCCCUUUUUCACGGGGAAAACCUUUGUUGUUUCUUUAAACCCGAAAAAACCCUAUUUUUUUUUUUCAUUUAAAGAGAAAUGCUAUUUUAGGAAAUAAUACAUCAAUUCCAGGAUAAAUAAAUAAUUAUACUGUAAUUAUUAUAUAGCCACAGAUGUCACCCUUGCUGUACCUCAGAAUCAUGACAUGAAAGAUAGGCUAGAAGAGGUCUCCAUCUAUUUUAAACAGUUAUUAUGGUAGGAAAGAGCCCUGGUUUAGUUUGGCCACGGAUUGUCUAUCUAAUAAUUUUCUCUAAUCAGAACUCUGUCCGAGAUAUUUUGGGAGGAGGAAUUCCAGUAACACGCCGGAUUACUCUGAGAUAAUCAAAGAAAACAAUCCAGUGAUAGUUUACUGUACUGUAGGUCGGUCUCACCACAGGCAUUGAUACAGGCUAUAUCACAUUUUUACAUUUUAGUCAUUUAGCAGACGCUCUUAUCCAGAGCGACUUACAGUUAGCACAUACAUUAUUUUAUCGAACCCACAACCCUGGCGUUGCAAACGCCAUGCUCUACCAACUGAGCUACAUCCUCUGCCGGCCAUUCCCUCCCCUACCCUGGACGACGCUGGGCCAAUUGUGCGCCGCCCCAUGGGUCUCCCGGUCGCGGCCGGCUACGACAGAGCCUGGAUUCGAACCAGGAUCUCUAGUGGCACAGCUAGCACUGCGAUGCAGUGCUUAAGACCACUGCGCCACUCGGGAGUCUAUAUCCAUACAAAGCUACAUUGUGUGUACAAAACGUUAGGAACUCCUUCCAAAUAUUUAGUUGCACCCCCCUUUUGCCUUCAGAACAGCCUCAAUUCGCCGGGGCAGGGACUCUACAAGGUGUCACAAGCGUUCCACAGGGUUGCUUCCCACAGUUGUGUAAAGUUGGCUGGAUGUCCAUUGGGUGGUGGACCAUUCUUGAUAGACACAGGAAACUGUGAGUGUGAAAAAUACAGCAGCGUUGCAGUAUCUUAAAUACUAAAAAGUGGCACACCCGUCUGUCAGACUCCUCUGUACAGUGACUCCUAUCCUACUUCCCUUCUUCCCGUUCUCAGUUCUAUUCCUUCGCUUCUGUUGUAGUCUGGUCUUAG